UUCAGCCGCUUCUAGUACAAAGCUAAACACUUGCUUACUUAGCGAUCUUCACCUUUCUUCGUCUUAUUUAGUCUGAAUGUCACUGUGGACAAUUCUGAUACAUUUUCCUGUUUCUCCUCAGUCUGAAGAAAAAAAACAUGCUCCUCAAAGUAGUUAUCUUUGCCCUGUCAUUACUGAUGACAACAGCAUACCCACUCUACCAUACCAACCGAGAAGCAUCACAGACCCAACAGGACCUAACAAACAAUGAGGUUCAUGAGAAGACAGACAUGAGCAAAGAUGUCAAUGGGAUUUGGAAGAGCCAUGUGAAGGACAGCCCUCUGGUGAGCGAGAUCGGGCAUAAGCUGACCCUUGAGUCAGAGAGACUGCACGCCCGCCUUCGCCAGGAACUCACCGAGUUGAGGGAAAGGCUCUCCCUGUAUCCUGUCCACCCGGGGUCCAGUGAGUCCACCCUGGCCCGCAUGGGAGAACGCCUCGCUGCCUUGACCGAGCAGCUCCAGAGUACUGUGAACGACAACAGCCAGGAGCUGUGUGGCCAACUCAGGCUCCACCUCCAGGAGUUGGAGGUGGCUGUGAGACAGGGGGCAGCUGAAACCGCACUGUACCCGGAGGCCGUGAGGGGUAUGAGCCAGACUCUGGACGACAGCAGCGCAAAAACGACAUCAGUCAUCCGGGACUUUAAAACCAAGACGUCCAACAUGAUUGAGGAGCUCAAGGGUAGUGACGAAGGGGUCUUCUGGCAGGAUGCGAACAUUCGCCUUGAGCAGGAGGCGCAGGCGUUUAGUCUGGAGGUCCGAGGCAGGGCGGGGGUGCUAAAAGCAAAGUUGGCUAGUCUCCUACUGGUCCCGCAGCCCAUUAGGGCCGAGGUGUCCACCAGCUUGGAGCAGUUCUGCCAGAGCGCUGCCUCACAGGACCGGUUGUUCCACGCCAAAAUCAAGAAGCACCUUCUUGGACGGGAGUUACAGACUCAGAGCCAAAGUGAGUCACCUACCCUACAACCCCUGGGCUUGUUGGAGGAGGACUUUUCCGCCAAACUUAGUGCGGUCCUCCAGGACAUUUUGCAAACCGUGCAGUAAAGCAAAGCAGAGCACUUAUCCCAGCAUAGAGAGAGAAAGAGAGAGGAAUGGAGAAAACACAUUGUUUCCAUUGCAGAGUACAUUUGAACUUACUGUUUUUGCACUUUGCGCUUGUACACGGUAUUCGGAGUGCUUUGCAGUUGUAUAUACAGUACAGUAAGUAAUCCAUGUAUAUUUAUGAGGUUUCCAUUGUUGUGUGUAUUUCAUGCAUAUGUUGUUUAGAAGGCAGUGUAUUUCAAUUGUAAAUAAAG